UUGGAGACCACCAUGAGGUUUGAAAAUGUUCUUUCUGAUAUUAAUGGCUUUGGAAUGUUUCAGAUAAUGAUCAUUGUGAUCAGCUUCCUUGGUCGCUUCACGCUCCCCUGCCACUUCAUGCUGAACAACUUUGUAGCCGCGGUACCUGCUCACCAUUGUGACAUCAGUUCUCUGGAAGAUGAAGAGAUUUUUACAAACUUAUCCCAAGAUCAAAAACUCGUUGUUGGGAUUCCAGUCCAGCUGGAUGGGAGUCUGAGCUCCUGUCAAAUGUUUGCAGAGCCUCAAUAUCAUCUGCUGUUCGACUCCUCCAACGUCACAGAUGUGCCCAUGGUGCUGUGCGACAACGGAUGGGUGUACGACAACACAACCUUCAAGUCCACUAUAACCACAGAGUGGGACCUGGUGUGUCACAGACGAGGCAAAAAUAAAGCGACUGCUACCAUCUUCUUCAUCGGAGUCAUGUUAGGAGCUGUGUGCUUUGGAAGUCUGAGUGACAGGUUCGGCCGAAGGAUCAUGCUGCUCGUGUCCUACGUGUCUGGGUUGCUGUUUGCCAUCGCAUCGGCCUUUUCUACGACUUACGUGAUGUUUGCAGCGCUCAGGUUCUUCACGGGCUUUUGCAUCACUGGCAUUGUCAUCAUCUCAACAGUCCUCAGUGUGGAGUGGGUUGACAUCGAGCACAGGAAAAUGGUGGGAGUGAUUGACAGCUUGUCCUGGACUUUUGGAAACACUGCAUUUGCUGCCAUUGCCUACUUUGUGACUGACUGGCGGAGGUUGAUUGUUUGUGUUUCAUCACCUUUAAUCCUGUCCAUCAUCACUUGGUGGUGGGUGCCAGAGUCGGCAAGGUGGCUCAUCACCAGUGGAAAACUGGAGCAGGCCCAGAUGUACCUGAAGAAAUGUGCCAAGAUGAACCGCAGAGAGGAGUCCAUUCAGACGCUUAAAACAGAGACAUUAUCCACUAUUGUGGUGACAGAGAAGACAGACAGAACCUUCUCCUACGUUGACUUGAUAAGAACACCGAAGAUGAGGAAACUGGCUCUGCGAACUGGUAUCUUAUGGUUUUUCAUAGCGAUUACAUUUUACGGCAUCAGCUUCAACAUCACGGGCUUCGGCCUCAACAUCUACCUCACUCAGUUUACAUACGGUUUAAUCGAGCUACCGGCCAAAGUGUUCGUUUAUUAUGUACUGGACAGGAUAGGCCGGAGGCGCACCGAGACAGGAGCUCUGCUGCUGGCUGGCCUCUGUCUUGGGAUCAACAUCGUCAUACCAAAAGAUCUGUCCGUUGCCAGAACGGUUGUUGCUGUUGUUGGAAAAGGGUUUUCUUCAGCAUCUUUUGCAACGGUUGUGCUGUACAGUUCUGAGCUGUACCCGACUGUGGUCAGGCAGAAUGGGAUGGGUUACAACUCCUCCAUGGCUCGGCUCGGUGUAGCCAUGGCUCCUCUGAUCCUGCUGCUGGACGGGGUCUGGAAGGAGCUGCCCCAGGUGGUCUUGUGCUCUACGGCUGUGUUCGGCUCAAUGGUGGCAAGAACACUGCCAGAGACCCGCAAUAGAUGCCUGCCAGAGACCAUAGAGGAUAUUGAAGAGAGCUGGUAG